AUGGCUGCUGCCACCAAGUCCGACGCAAUCCCUGAGGGGAUGGAGGGCUUCGUCGUGGGCCUGAUUGGCAUGGGCGACAUGGGCAAAUUGUAUGCCGAAAGAUUGUCAGCCGCAGGAUGGAGGAUAUUGGCGUGCGACAGGGAGGAAAUGUACGACAGUCUGGUUGAAGAAUACUCUAGCAACAACAGAAUAGAGAUAUGCCGAAAUGGCCACCUGGUAUCCCGCGCAAGCGACUACAUCAUCUACAGCGUCGAGGCUGCCCUCAUUGAUCGUGUGAUUGCCCAAUAUGGCCCUUCUACCAAACUCGGCGCCAUCGUCGGCGCCCAGACGUCCUGCAAAGCCCCCGAGAUCAAAGCGUUUGAGAGUCACCUCCCCAAGGACGUCGACAUCGUCUCCUGCCACUCCCUCCACGGCCCGUCCGUCGACACCCACAACCAGCCCCUGGUCCUCAUCCAGCACCGUGCGCCCGACUCGGCCCUCCGCAAGGUCGAGGCGGUCCUCUCCUGCCUCCGCUCGCGCUUCGUCUACCUCUCCGCCGCCGAGCACGACCGUAUCACCGCCGACACCCAGGCCGUCACGCACGCCGCCUUCCUCUCCAUGGGCAAGGCCUGGCACGCCAACAAGCAGUUCCCCUGGGAGCUGAGCCGCUACGUCGGCGGCAUCGAGAACGUCAAGAUCAACACCAUGCUGCGCAUCUACUCCCAGAAGUGGCACGUCUACGCGGGGCUCGCCAUCAUGAACCCCGAGGCCAAGAAGCAGAUCGCCCAGUACGCCCGCAGCGUCACCGACCUCUACAAGCUCAUGCUCGAGGGUGACCUCGACGGCCUGCGCGAGCGCAUCCUCGCCGCCCGCGAGAAGGUCUUUGGACCUUCCUUCACCUGGGGGUCCCGCCCGCUCGUGCGGCCGGAGGUCCUCACGUCUUUCUCGCUCGGCACGCCCAACCCGGACGCCGAGCUGAGGCCCAACAACCACCUGUCGCUGCUCGCCACGGUCGACUGCUGGGCCGCGCUGGGCAUCGUGCCAUACGAGCACAUGAUCUGCAGCACCCCGCUGUUCAGGCUGAGGCUCGGUGUGACUGAGUACCUGUUCGCGGACAAGGACAUGCUCGAGCAGACGCUGCGGACGGCCGUGUCCGACCUGACGUACCGGAGCGACGAUCUCGAGUUCACGUUUGCCGCGCGCGGGUGGGCCGAGUGUGUCGAGAUUGGGCACUUCGAAACGUACGAGAAGCGGUUCAAGAGCACGCAGGAGUUCUUCCAGCCUCGGUUCGAGGAGGCCAAGAUUGUUGGCAACCAGAUGAUGAAGAAGGUCAUGGAGACUGCGACGGACGAGAAACCAUGA